AUGAGUCUAAGCACAGAUUUAUCGAAUCUUUCCUUUGCGAUGUGCAUGCCUCCUAAACCUCACACAAGGAAUAACAAGUCUGGUCCUACUGUGAAUUUGUCAAACAAAGAGUUGGGAAAACUAGAACGUGAGAACAGAAAGGCAGCUAAAUCUCUGAAGAUGGGGCAGAGGUUUGGAAAUCAGCAAGGUAGUAGGCCUUACAGUGGAAACAGCCAGCGCAGUAACUUUCAGGGAAACUCUUCUGGUUUCACACCCAAACCUGAAUAUCAGAAGCAGCAACAAAACAGUGGAUUCACAAGGACUUAUGGCAACAACUCAUAUCAGUCUCCACCUCCUAAGUCAGCUGAAACUAGUAAGAUGGAAGCUAUGCUUGAGCAGAUUUUGCAAGGCAAAGAACAAAUGACAGUGACUUUCAAUGGGAAGCUGGAUAAUGUCUACACUGAUCUUAAUGGAAAGCAAGAAGGUUAUCUCCCUUCAAGAACUGAAUCAAAUCCUAAACAUUCUUGCAAUGCAGUGACUUUGAGAAGUGGCAAACAACUCCAUCCUAUACCCCAGAAGAAUCAAACUGAUGAUCUACAGGAGUUGAUUGAUAUAGAAGAUGAAGAGGAUGUUUCUGCCGAACCAUCUUCUACUCCAGUUGCAGAAAGAGUCUACACACCUAAGGUUCCAUUCCCCAAGAAUCCAAGGAAGUCUAAACAAGAGUUAGAUGAUGCCAAGUGCAAAGCCAUGAUGGAUAAGCUUAUUCUUGAGUUGCCUUUGGUUGAUGCUGUUAAGACUUCUCCAAUGCUUAGGAGAUAUGUUAAGAGGAUGAACAAGAUCCCAGAAAAACUUCCUGAUCCAGGGAGCUUUGUUCUUGAUUGCACUAUCUUCACUGAUAGAUUUGCUAGAUCUUUGUGUGAUCUUGGUUCUAGUGUCAACCUUAUGCCAAGAUCAGUAGCACUCAGUCUGGGAAUGACAGACUUCCAGCCUACUAAGCUCACUCUCAUCAUUGCUGACCGGUCUAUUCGCAUUCCAGAUGGUGUUCUUGAAGAUUAUGAGGAGGAACCCAAGGACCCUCUUAUCCUGGGAAGAUCAUUCUUAGCUACUGCUGGAGCUAUAAUUGAUGUCAAGAAGGGUCAGAUUGGUCUCAACAUUGGUGAUUUACAAAUGCGCUUUGACAUGGAGAAGCUGGAGCUGCAUCCUGAGGAUCCAUUAGAGAGAGCAUUGGUUGCUUCUGCUGAAGAAGCUGAGCAUCUAGAUGACAUUGCUGCUGGUGCUUCCUUGAACAAUGCAGAGCUCACUUUACUGCUAAGCAAGCUGCGCAAAUUUCGCAAGGCUCUUGGCUAUUCUCUUGAUGAUAUUGCAGGAAUCUCUCCAGACUUGUGUAUGCAUAAGAUUCAUCUUGAGGAAGGAGCUAAGACAUCCAUUGAGCAUCAGAGGAGACUGAAUUCGAAUCUGCAAGAUGUUGUCAAGAAGGAGAUCAUGAAGCUGCUGAAUGCUGGGAUCAUCUAUCCAAUAUCUGACAGCAAUUGGGUUAGUCCGGUACAUGUUGUUCCUAAGAAGGGUGGAGUUACAGUGGUGAAGAAUGACAAGAAUGAGCUGAUCCCUACAAGGACAAUUACUGGUCAUAGGAUGUGCAUCGAUUACAGGAAGCUGAAUGCUGCAACAAGGAAAGAUCACUUCCCACUUCCUUUCAUUGACCAGAUGUUGGAGAGGUUAGCUAAUCAUCCAUACUACUGCUUUUUGGAUGGUUACUCAGGCUUUUUCCAGAUUCCUAUUCAUCCUGAUGACCAAGAGAAGACCACCUUCACUUGUCCCUAUGGUACCUUCGCUUACCGCAGAAUGCCUUUUGGUCUCUGUAAUGCUCCUGCAACAUUUCAGAGAUGCAUGAUGUCAAUCUUCACUGAUAUGAUUGAGGAUUAUAUGGAGGUUUUCAUGGAUGAUUUCUCAGUUUAUGGGUCUUCAUUCAAAAGCUGUUUGGAUAAUCUCUGUAAGGUGCUAGCAAGGUGUGAAGAGAAGCAUUUGGUACUUAACUGGGAAAAGUGUCAUUUUAUGGUUAGAGAUGGCAUAGUGCUUGGCCACAGGGUUUCAGAAGCUGGAAUAGAAGUUGACCGCGCUAAGAUAGAGGUGAUGACAAGUCUUCAACUACCAGAGAAUGUGAAGGCAGUGAGGAGCUUUCUUGGACAUGCAGGGUUCUAUAGGCGAUUUAUCAAAGAUUUCAGCAAGAUAGCAAGACCACUUUCUGCUUUGUUGUGCAAAGAUGUCAAGUUUGAAUUCACUGAUGAAUGUCGCAUAGCCUUUGAGAGGAUUAAGCAGGAGCUUGUGAGUGCACCUAUUGUUCAGCCACCAGAUUGGGAUCUUCCUUUUGAAGUAAUGUGUGAUGCUAGUGACUUUGCAGUGGGAGCAGUGCUGGGACAAAGAAAAGAUAAGAAACUUCAUGCAAUCUACUAUGCAAGCAGGACACUUGAUGAGACACAAAGGAAUUAUGCAACAACAGAAAAGGAGUUGUUGGCUGUGGUGUUUGCUUUUGAGAAGUUUAGAUCUUAUCUGGUUGGUUCAAAGGUCAUUGUUCAUACUGAUCAUGCUGCAUUGAGGUACUUGAUGCAGAAGAAGGAUGCUAAGCCUAGACUUUUGAGAUGGAUCCUUCUUCUACAAGAGUUUGACAUUGAAGUGAGGGAUAAGAAGGGGAUAGAGAAUGGUGUUGCUGAUCACUUGUCCAGGAUUAGGAUUGAUGAUGAUGUCCCAAUUCGUGAUUGUCUACCUGAGGAGCAUGUGUACCUUGUUGAAACUGGCUCCAAUCAACCUUGGUAUGCUGAUAUUGCCAAUUAUCUUGCUGCAGAGGUAGAACCUGAUCAAUUCACAGGCUAUCAUAAGAAGAGGUUCUUGAGAGAGCUAAGGAGAUAUUAUUGGGAUGAGCCUUAUCUGUAUAAGCAUUGCAGUGAUGGUGUUUACAGAAGAUGUCUAGCUGAGACAGAAACCAGUGGACAAGUUGAAGUUUCCAACAGGCAGAUUAAGGAGAUUCUAGAGAAAACAGUGGGUGUUACAAGAAAAGAUUGGGCUAUGAAGCUUGAUGAUGCACUUUGGGCAUAUAGGACUGCUUAUAAAACACCACUUGGCACUACUCCUUUCCAUCUGCUUUAUGGGAAAGCCUGUCAUCUUCCAGUGGAGUUAGAGCACAAAGCAGCCUGGGCAGUUAAGUUGAUGAAUUUUGAUGCCAAGACAGCUUCAGAGAGAAGGUUAGUGCAGUUGAAUGAGUUAGAUGAGCUGAGAUUUCAUGCAUUUGAGAAUUCCAAGCUGUACAAGGAGAGGACCAAGGCUUAUCAUGAUAAGAAGAUCAUCUCCAGACAAUUUGAGCCAAAUGACCAGGUACUCCUUUACAAUUCCCGCUUGAAGCUGUUUCCUGGAAAGCUGCGUUCCCGCUGGUCUGGUCCUUUUACUGUUCAAGAAGUCAGACCAUAUGGAGCUAUUGUGCUGUUGAACUCAAAAGGGGAGGAAUUUACUGUUAAUGGCCAAAGGGUGAAACAUUAUUGGGCAAAAGCUGAGAUACCAGACGGACACAUUGUGCGUUUGGAGGAUGCACCCUCUGCCUAA